ACUUAGAAAUAACCUGAAAUAUUGUUUGAUUUCAGGUAGUGCAGUGAAAACAGGAUGAUUGCUCUGUACACCGGAUUGCUCUUGGUAAUCUUGAGUAUCAUUUUUUAUAUUUACAUGACGAGGAAUUUCAAACAUUGGAAGAAACGUAAGAUACCAUUUUUGAAACCUGAGCCAAUAUUUGGAAACUUGAGAGACGUGUGCCUGUGGAAAACCACCAUUGGCGAAUUCUGUAGGUCAGUGUAUGAAACCACCAAGGAACCCUUCAUAGGUUUCUUCAUCUUGGACGAACCCUGCCUGAUGGUGAACGAUUUGGAUCUCAUAAGAAACAUACUGAUCAAGGAUUUUGAUCACUUCCUCAAUAGAACAAUGACCAAUAACGAGGCGCAUGACGCAAUAGGAUCUAACAUACUAUUCCUGAUGAAAACUCCUAGAUGGAGGGAUAUUAGGAGGAGAAUGACACCAGCCUUCUCCUCCGGAAAAAUGAAAUUGAUGUCUAAGCUGAUGAUCAAAUGUGCAGAAGACAUGGUUGAUUAUGUGAGGAAGAAAAUAAAACAUGAAAACCUGGAAGUUCGAGAACUCUGCGGAAAAUUCACUACUGAUGCAAUAACUUCCACAUCGUUUGGUUUAGAAGCCGGUUGUUUUGAGCAAGAAGAUGCCCCAUUUAGAGUUAUAGCAAGGAGAAUUUACAACUGGCAGUUUGUCUGGCAUGCAAUUCAGACUACGUGCUUCUUCAUAGCGCCCAAGUUGGUACACUUGUUGAGGAUGAGUUUCAUCGAUGGUUUAUCGAGUAACUUCUUCAGGGACGUCUUCUGGAGGACUAUGAAGGAUAGGGAGAAAACCAAGUUCGUCAGGAACGAUUUGUUGGAUAUUCUCAUUGAAAUGAAGAAACAGGACCAGAUCGAUAACGUUGAAUCAUUAGAUGGGGACAUUUUAGUGGCCCAAGCUGUCCAAUUUUUCAUUGCUGGCUAUGAAACAACGAGCUCGACAAUGACAUUCCUUUUGAUGGAGCUGGCACAUAAUCCGGACAUACAAAAAAAAGUUAGGGAUGAAAUUAUACGCGUCAGGAACAAGUAUGGAGGGUUUUGUUACGAUGGUCUUCAAGAGAUGGAGUACUUAGAAUGUACCCUUUAUGAGACCUUGAGAAAAUAUCCAAUUGUGCCUUUCCUCGAUAGGAGAUGCUCAAAGCGAUAUCAAAUUCCAGGAAGUGACUUGGUACUAGAAAAGGGUGAUAUGAUUUAUAUCCCAAUUAUGGGAAUACACUAUGAUCCAGAAUAUUUUCCUGAUCCACAACGAUUUGAGCCAAACAGAUUCAGGAAGGAAAACUCUGAGACAAGGCACAAUAUGACAUUCUUGUCGUUCGGUGAUGGACCUAGAAACUGCAUAGGUCGACGAUACAGCCUUUUGAAUGCUAAAUGUGGACUAGCUCAUCUCUUGUCGAAUUUUGAAGUUCAGCCUUGUCCUGAUAAAAAUGAAAAAUUCGAAUUCAAUUCGAAGGGAUUCCUUUUGCAGCCACUGAAUGGCAUAACAUUAUUAUUUAAAGAAAUAAACUGAUAAGUAAUUUA